CCCUUGAUGAGUGCAGCUGCUCAGAAUCAAAUUAAAACAACAACAAAUUAAGAGAAGACAGACAUGAAUUAAAUAUAGAAAGGAAAGAAAGAGAACGAAAGAAAGAAAUAUGGGCUCCACAAAACAUCUCAUUCUGAUAUUAUUUUUUGCACUGAUCCCAUUUGCAGAUCUCGCAGAUGAGCGAGUGAUCCUGCAGACUCCCACCCAGCCUGUGUUUGAGGGAGAUGCUCUGACUCUGAAGUGUCGUGACCGCUAUAAUUAUCAUAUUACCAGGGUUGUCUUUUAUAAAGAUAAAGAGUUACAGUCCCAGGCUGGCACAGAGCUGAGUGUGGCUCGUGUUUCAAAGAGUGAUGAGGGGUCCUACAAGUGCACAGCGUGGGGAUGGAGCUCCUACCUGGGUGACUCUGCAGAGGUGCGGGUGUCAGUGAGAGAACGACCCCAGGCUGUCCUGACGCUGGAGCCUGCAUGGACACAGAUAUUCAAAUCAGAGAGAGUCACACUGAGAUGUCAGGUUCCAGGGGAUUACACUGACUGGAGAUUCACAUGGUACAAAGCUGGGAGGAAUGCUCCAGUAACCCAGUAUUCCUACAGCAGUACAGAUGGUGACAGCUACACAAUUAGCUCUGCUACUAAAGACCACAGUGGAGAAUAUACCUGUCAAGGUGAAAGGACAGGUAACCCAUCGUACUCUAAAACAAGCGAUGCUCUUACACUGAGAGUAUCAGAUGAGCGAGUGAUCCUGCAGACUCCCACCCAGCCUGUGUUUGAGGGAGAUGCUCUGACUCUGAAGUGUCGUGACCGCUAUAAUUAUCAUAUUACCAGGGUUGUCUUUUAUAAAGAUAAAGAGUUACAGUCCCAGGCUGGCACAGAGCUGAGUGUGGCUCGUGUUUCAAAGAGUGAUGAGGGGUCCUACAAGUGCACAGCGUGGGGAUGGAGCUCCUACCUGGGUGACUCUGCAGAGGUGCGGGUGUCAGUGAGAGAACGACCCCAGGCUGUCCUGACACUGGAGCCUGCACAGAUAUUCAAAUCAGAGAGCGUGACACUGAGAUGUGAGGUUCAGGGGGAUUACACUGACUGGAGAUUCACAUGGUACAAAGAUGGGUCGAAAGUUUCAGCAACCCAGGAUUACUACAGCAGGAUAGAUGGUGACAAAUAUACAAUUAGCUUUGCUACUAAAGGCCACAGUGGAGAAUAUACCUGUAAAGGUGAAAGGAAAGGUAACCCAUCGUACUCUAAAACAAGCGAUGCUCUUACACUGAGAGUAUCAGAUGAGCGAGUGAUCCUGCAGACUCCCACCCAGCCUGUGUUUGAGGGAGAUGCUCUGACUCUGAGGUGUCGUGUCCGCUAUAAUUAUCAUAUUACCAGGGUUGUCUUUUAUAAAGAUAAUAAAGAGUUACAGUCCCAGGCUGACACAGAGCUGAGUGUGCAUCGUGUUUCAAAGAGUGACGAGGGGUCCUACAAGUGCACAGCGUGGUGGAGAAGCUCCCCUUACUAUGGUGACUCUGCAGAGGUGCGGGUGUCAGUGAGAGAGCGGUUCAGCACACCCACUCUGACAGUGCUACCUGGUGCCUCAGUGUGGGAGGGAGAGGCUGUGACUCUGCAGUGUGGGGCUCAGAUAUAUAAACAGGGCACCCGGCUGCAGUACCGCUAUAGCAAAGACAAUGGGGAUCUGAUUGGAGCUCGAUCACGGGAGCCAUACUCAAUCCCAGCGGCAGAGCUGAGAGACACAGGGAGCUACCAGUGUGAGGUGGAGGCAGAAGGGACGGGGUUGAAGAAAAGGAGUUAUUCUGUAUCACUGACUGUGAAAGAGAUCCCGAAGGCUGUCCUGGUCCGGGAGCCAGCAGGGGUUCCGAUCUCUGAAUCCGACACCGUCACUCUGAGGUGUCAGGUUCCAGGGGAGCUCACUGCCUGGGGGUAUACGUGGUACAAGGAUGGGAGAUCACUUCCACUGUACCAGAAUUGGAAUGACAGAUACACAAUCGGAUCUGCUGCUGUGAACCACAGUGGGGAAUAUACUUGCCAGGGUGACAGGACCGGUUACCCAUCGCACUCGAAAAGAAGUGAUGCUCUUACACUGACUGUAUUGAGACUGAAGUUGUCUGGUGUUGCAUUGCGGGUGUCCCCGAUUGGCGGGGUGGUGAUAGAGGGCACUAGUCUCUCCCUGCUGUGCUCUGUCGCUGUCGGCUCGCUGCCCAUCGUUUUCACGUGGCACAGAGAGGGCAGCCAGGGCCACAUCGCCAGGCACACCGCCGUAGACCAGCGGAGUGAUGAGCUCAUCCUUCUGAGAGCCCAGGAGAGCGACACAGGCUCUUACUGCUGCCAGGCUGCAUACGGAGAGGGAGAGGAAGGGAUCAGCAGCCAGUCUGCACUCCUCACUGUGCUGGUUCCUGUCUCCGCCCCCUCCCUGUCUCUGGUGUCAGGAAACAGCGUCGCCCCCUCUGGUGACACGCUAACACUGCGGUGCGAGUCACACAGAGGGACCGGCCCAAUCUGGUACAGCUUUCAUCACCGUGGCAACGAGGGGAACCAGAGCAGCACGCUUCUGUACUGGACCAGCCUGCCCGGGCCCGGCCCAGUCUCCCACAACCGGACCAUUCUGAACGAGAGUGACUCGGGACAGUACUGGUGUGAUUCCUUCAAUAACGUGUCCCAGGAGAUCAAAACCAGCGAGCGGAUCAACAUCACAGCUAUAGUGCCAGUGGCAGGCGCUAACCUGAGCUCUGCUCUCCCGGAGGGGGGUGUGUGGAAGAACAGCAGGGUGUCUCUACACUGCUCUGUACUUCGGGGGACCAAGCCCAGCUACUCGUGGUACCGGAACGGGCAGCGGUUACACAUCCCUGACCACAUCAGGACUUACACACUGAGCGAGGGAGGGGCCACGCUGUCCAUCCACUCCGUGCAGGAGCUGCAUGAAGGAACUUACCAGUGCGUCGCAGAGAACCAGAUCACAGAGAGGAGGACUUUUAACAGCACGAGCAACACUGUGGAGCUCAGAACAGCAACUGCUCUGACCCUCAUUGUCUCGCUGGUGUCUGUCUUCAUCCUGCUCCCUGUGAUCUCAGCCUGCCUGUUCCUAACAGUGAGAGCCCUGAAGAACAACCAGAGCCUCCGAGAAACCAUCGAGAAAUAUGGAGUUAUCAGACAAAAACCUAAAACAUUAAGGGAGCCAGCAGCAUCCCCUGUGGCUGAGAACAGUCACGACAUUCCUGAGACCAGCCAUGCAGCUGCAGAGAGGGAGGGUGAGCUGGUCUACGCUGUGGUCGACAUUAAGAAGAAAAGCAAAGUUAAGAGAGGACAGGAACCCAAGAACAGAAAGAACCCACCUCUUGAAUACUGUGUAACGUACGCCAAAGUGAAUGACAGAGCCAGCGAGAAGACAGAGGGAGAGAAAGAGGAGUGUGUGUACUCCCUGCAGCACGAGGCAGGGAUAGAGGGAACGAGAGAGGAGGGGAAAGGAAAGAGAGAGGAAGGGAGGGGGAAUGAGGGAGCAAGAGAGGGGAGGACAGAGGGUUUAAUCUAUACCCUACCCAUAAUAACAAGGAUAGAUGGAGUGAGAGAGGGGGGGAAAGGAAAGAGCGGGAGGGAAGAAUGUUUUUAUUCCCUGCCGAGAGAGGUGGGCAGAGGGAGGGAGGGGUGCAUGUAUUUUGAACCCAGGCAGACAGAGAGAGGGGGAGGGGGUGAGAGAGAGGAGGAGGUGUAUUCAUUGCCCAGGGGGGUGGGGAUGUAUUCACUGCCCAGAGAGGUAGAGAGAGAGAAUGGGAGGGUGAAAGGACCGGGGGAGGGAGUGUAUUCCAAUGAGGAGAGUCUGUAUGAAAACUUUCAGCAGAGGACAUGAGAGAGGAGAUGGGGGGGGAGAGAGAGAGUGGAGGAGAGUGAAACAGGAGUGGAGAGAGGACAGGGAGGGGAGAGGAGGGAGUCCGUGGAAGAGCAAAGGGUGAGAGAAUAAGUUUAAUAGUGUGAUUGAAAAAUACUGUAAAUGCUAAAAAAUAUUGUUUGUAAUUUUGUUUUUUUUAAUAUAAAAUCAGUCAUUAAAAA